GCAGUGAAGUCACACACUUCUAGACUGCCGAGGUUCAAGCAAUCAUUGGGUGAAAAGUCAGAUUGUGUUCCCAACCAGUGGCAGCAGACCACAUCUCCAGGUGCAGCAAGAUUCAACCAAGGAAGAAGGGCAUUUCUGAGACCUUGAAGAAGGACAGCAGAGGGACUGCAACAUUCUUGCUGCUGGAGACAACAUGGCAGUCUCCAGGGUGACCUUACCUGGCCCAACCAGUGCAACGCUGGGCUCCGAGGACUACAGCCUUUACAGCAGCCUGACAGAGGAGGAGCUCAUUGAGCUGGCCAUUGAGCACAGUCUGGCUGAUGCCAAUAGGUCCUCUGUACAGGCCGUUGCUAACAAAACACCUACGGUCCCAAGUGCACCAGGCCAGGCAUCUGGGCAGCACUGUCCUCCACGCCAACAAAUGGUACCUCCUCCAGCUUACCCUCCCAGCGAGAAUUUGGAAGGUGCAACACAGAGCAGUUUUGUGACUCGCAAUGGUCAGCGGAUGGUGGCAUGGCGCCGCUAUGAUGGCACCCUGGUCCUGCCUCAGCCUGAAGAGGAGGUCAACCCAAUGAUCAAAGUCAUCAUGACUGGAGAUGUGAAGACAUUGAAGGAACUGGUCAAGUCCGACCCGGACAGUCUAACCAAACCCAGCAAGGAGGGGUGGCUGGCCUUGCAUGAGGCUGCUUAUUAUGGGCAAACUGAAUGCCUGGAUGUCCUACUGAGAAUUCAGCCUGGAAUGAUUAACAAGCGCACCCUGAGGGAGCAGACACCCUUGCUGCUAGCAGUGGCUCGUGAUAAACUGCCCUGUGUGCGCUACCUUCUGGAGAAGGGAGCUGAUCCAGACAUUGCCAAUAGAGACCGCGAGACACCCCUCUACAAAGCAUGUGAAAGAGAGAAUGUGAGAGCUGUGGAGCUUCUUCUGCAGUAUGGAAGUGAGGUGAACAAAAGCUGCAUCCAGGGGUGGACGGCGCUCCACGAGGCAGUGUGCCGUAAUAACCUGCAGAUUUGUCAGAUCUUGGUGGAUGCCGGAGCCAAGGUCAGCAUUCCCAACAUGUAUGGCAUCACACCUCUCUUUGUGGCAGCCCAGAGUGGCCGUGUUGAGGCCCUGCGCUUCCUCAUCAAAAAUGGUGCAGAUGUCAACAGUCAAGCAGGUGAUGGGGCUACAGCUUUGUAUGAAGCCUGCAAGAAUGCCCAUGAGGAAGUAGUUAAGGUCCUGCUUUCUCAGAAUGCUGAUGCCAACAUUGCAGCCAAGGGGGGUCUCCUGCCCUUGCACAUAGCUGCCCAGCGUGGGAAUGAUAGAGAAAAGCUACUGAACUAUGCCUCCUACCCAUACUGUAAUGAGGGGUCGGUUAAAAUUGUGUCUAUGCUGAUACCCGUCACCAGCAGGGCUAGGGUGCGACGCAGUGGGAUCAGCCCUCUACAUCUGGCUGCCGAGCGCAACAAAAAUGAUGUCCUUGAGACUCUGAUUGAAGCAGGAUUUGAUGUCAAUGCCACACUGUCCCCUGAUCGCUCAAAGAUGUACGAGGACCGCCGCAGCACAGUUCUCUAUUUUGCUGUCUGCAACAACAAUAUUGAUGCAACAGCCAUGCUUCUGGAGGCUGGGGCCUACCCCAACCUGGACACCUUCAACCCCUUGCUGGUUGCCGUGCGGCAGGGCUGCAUCAAGACAGUCACCAUGCUGGUGGAGCACGGCGCCAAUGUCAAUUCCUGUAUUCCCACACACCCCACUUCCUUCCCUGCCACCAUCAUGUUCUGCAUGAAGUACCUGCCUAUGCUCAAGUAUCUUCUUGACAAUGGGUGUGAUGCUGAGUCCUGCUUCCAGUGUGAAUAUGGGAGCAGACCACACCCUCCUCUAAAGAUGUUCCGCAGCCAAAGGGAUGACCUGCGCUACACAUCAGAUACAUCCUCUAUAACCAAGGUCCAGUUCUGCGAAAUGGUAUCCACACCCUCUGUGUAUCGUUGGGCGGGGCCCAUCAUUGAUGUUCUCCUAGACUAUGUGGGAAAUGUACAGUUGUGCGCCAGGCUAAUUGAACACCUGGACAGCUAUGAAGACUGGUCUGUCAUCAAGGAGAAAUCAGUUCCACCACGGCCUCUGAUGCAGUUGUGCAGGAUGAAGAUUCACAAGAUUUUAGGGAUCAAGCGGCUGAAGCUUGUGGACACCUUGCCUCUCCCAGGGAGAUUAAUAAAGUAUCUGAAACACGAGGAGCGUGCAACAAAACUGACAUAACACAUACACUGACAACACAUUAUCUUAAAAACAGAAGAGCAGAUGUUUAUAACACAAUACAAAAAUAUUAAAUCACAAACUGUGUGUCUACUCUGGGAAUGGAUGAAAGAGAUAACCUGAAGUUCAAUUGAAACAUUUAACUGAGAUGUCCAGGAGGCCACUUAGUCACUUGUUUGUGUGCAAUAUUACUGAUUGCACAACAAAAAUACUUACAGUCAGUAAACCAAGAGAGCUACAGAGCAUUCUGACCACUUGGUUUUCCUGGUUUUGUGAUGCAUCAGAUUUUACUAAUCUUUCUUUGCUCUCAAGAAGUAAAAUUAAGUGUAAAUAAACUAUGCUGUGAAAUUAAGUGUAAAUCAGAGGAAGAAGCCAGUAUGUUUCCGUGCAUGUACCUAGCAAGGGAAACAGAUUAUUAUUAUUGUUGAGGGAAUGGAAAAAUUAAAAACACUUGAUAAUGGACACUUGUAUUAGUCUACAUAACAUAAAUUAUUAGCUUCAAGGUAAUGGUUUUAUUUCCAGUUCUGCUAAACAGUUGUUUGAUUUUAUUUUUUUAUUUCGGGAACUGGCUUAAGCAAUACCUCUACAGAGCACAGACCUAAACAUUGUGCUAGAGAGAUUUAACUGAAAUUAAAUGUAAAACAGCUCAUUUUAAGAAUAAGCUAUCAAAUUUCUGAAAUGUUUUCCAUUAUAUUUGUUACAUGAAGAAAGUAUUGGAGUUAUUGAAAGUUAGUAUUCGUUAGCCUUUUUCAUGUUGCUCUAAUUUGUUACCUAGAAUUAAUUUACAUAUUCUAAUACUCAAGGUUGCUUAGAAUAGAUCUUUUAGCUUUUUAGAUUUUUUCUGUUUGUUUUUUAAUACAAUUUGUGAAUGAAAGUUAUUCUUUAUUCCCUUGGAUCUUGAAUUCUCAUUAGCUUCUGUAAAUUAUUAACUGUCAGUUUGUGUUUUAUGUAUGUUGAUUAUAGCAGUCUGGUCAAAUUCAUAUUCUUCUCUUAGUGGAGAGCUCAACCAGAAAGGACAUUUUUCCAUAAUUUUUUCAGUGUAGAGGAGCACUUCCCUUAUAUAGCACAUAUACCUAAACUAUCACCUCAAAAACUAAAUUCCACAAUUAAAAAUGUUUUGGUUAGUUUCUGGAUUUUUUGGGGUGCCUUGUGACG